AUGUAUUUACCGAUUAUGUCGAUGGAUUAUGUAAAUGGAUUCAUUAACCAUAUGGAAUAUGGCAUGGAGAUUGCCGACGAAGAAAUUGCGGCGGGGAGAAGAAAUCAGGCGGAUUAUGCAUUUCUUUAG